CGUCAAAGUAAGUGUAAUCGAGAGUUGACGAAGCUGGAGAAUCAGAAGGAGCACGCAGAACAAAGGGUCAAUUUCAACGGAAACCCUACAAACCCUUAUCCCCACGACAAUGCCAACGCCUUUAAUCACUUCCACCCCAUACCUCCCGUUGUUGAUUCUCCAUACGCUCUUAACCAUUCCGUGCCUCGCCCUCCCCGCAAACGCCCCUGGCAAGGAACUUCUCCAGAUCAAGUGGACGGUGGAUGUCACGUAAAAGUUUAUGUUGCGCCAGUUCCAAGAACCGCAACAGAGGCUGAUAUUCGCCCUGUGUUUGAAGGACAUGGAACUAUUGUUGAGGUUGUUCUUUUAAAAGAUAGGAGAACUGGCAUACGGCAAGGAAGCUGUUUUGUGAAAUAUGCAACAUUAGAUGAAGCUGACAGGGCUAUUAAGGCUUUAAGCAAUCAAUUUACAUUUCCUGGGGAAUCAUGUCCUGUUGUUGUAAGAUUUGCUGAUCGAGAACUUGAACGUCUGGGGGUUCGAGGGUUCUGCCGUAACUUGGAAAAGAAAGAUCCUUUAGAAGAGGUGGCAGAUAAAGUUUUUGUUAGUUACAUCAACAAAGAAGCUUCAAAAAAGGAAAUUGAAGAAAUAUUUUCCCCUUAUGGGCAUGUAGAAGAUGUCUUCAUUGCACACACUCGUGGAUAUGCUUUUGUCAAAUUUUCUAAUAGAGAAAUGGCAUUGGCUGCAAUCAAAGGGCUGAAUAAAGCCUUCACAAUGAGAGGUUGUGAUCAUCCAUUAAUUGUUCGUUUUGCGGAUCCUAAGAAACCUAAGACUGGGGAAUCAAGGGGCAACUAUUUAUCUGGGAAUGCAAAUUUUGGUCCCUGUUCUCAAGAACCUCCAAUUUGGCCAUUGCCAAAUUUUGGUGAUUCCAAUUUUGGAGGGAGUAUUAUGCCUAUUGGCCCGCAUCAUUCCACAAUUGCACACCCACAAGUUGCUUCUCAUAUGCAGAACUGGGAACCUGGUACUGCUGUCAUACAGCAACCAUUUGCUCCCCAACAAGCACAUUCACAUUUGGCUACAAUGCCUUUACGGUCUAUUCAACCUUCAAACCUGCCUUCUCAGCCAUUUUUUCCUGAGGUGCAGAGACCAUUAAAUCCAGCAGAUUCAUCAGUUCAGAAUAUCGAGCAGCAACUAAGUUCACAGCUGCCUACUGAGACUGGAAACAACCCUAAUACUGUUGCUGGCAAUAACCAGCCUGAUAUGCCUACUAGUCCACAAGACGAAGAUCCCCCCGAGUGUGACUGGAGUGAACACUACUGUCCUGAUGGUUAUAAAUACUACUACAACUGUGUCACUUGUGAAAGCAAAUGGGAGAAGCCUGAGGAGUAUGCAUUACAUGAGAAAGAGUCUCAGAAACUGCAGGAGCAGGAGGAUAAAAACCGUAGUCACUUGCAAUCAUCAUUACCUUCCUCUCAACAAGUUACUCAAAUACAACAGGAAACAAAUCAUGACCACAGGCAGUCAGAAACAAGUCCUGUUUUUGGAUAGGCGUUAUUUAUUUAUUUUUUCUUGGGCAAUCGAAAUCUAGGUUAGUACUUCUACAUAGAUAUUUAGAUUACCAAAUGGCUUAAUUUUUUGUUUAGAGGCAAUGUAAGUUAAACUCUAUCUUUUGGGGGGUAGGAAAACCUCCUCCCUAAAUGAAACGUUGAGAGUUUGAAAUGUUUGAAUUCCAGGCGGGACUUUUGUGUUUUUUGGGGUGCUGUGGAAUCUGAUUUUCAGAGAUUAAUUUGUAUUUAUAUUGCUCGUGAUUGUGAGAGGAACGAGAAAUUGAUUAAAGGCUAGGGAGUUUGAUAAGAAAUGUGGCUCCACUACCACUGUAGGGUCUACAAAUUUAAGAAGCGCUGCCCCCUAGGUGUACGUGUAAGUUUUCAACGCAUACAAAUAAUUAUUGUCUAUAGGAAUUGGAUUUGAACUUGAAUCGCUUUUCUUGCUCCAGUAGUAGUGCCAUGUGAUAAAUGGUACCGAAAUGCCCAUCUCAUUCACUUCGUCUUACCUUCAUGGUUGUCCUGGAUUCCGAUUGAUUAAGUUCUUGUGGAUCUAGAAACUGACUUUUAAGUCAAAUGGGUAACUUUGAAUUGUAUUUUAUUUUAUCUAAGUUUGAUACUGUUACAAUAGUCGGCAGGAUCUUUUCUCCUGACAUUUAUUUGUGUACGAGUAAAGGAAUAGAAGAUAGGUAAAUAGCACAUUGUAGCACCAAUAAAGGUAGAGCCAAAGCCUCAAUUUUUGACCCAGAAAGCGUUUUUGAGGAGUAUUAUCACUGGGAGGCAAUGGGAGAUGGAUUUUGUAAACAUUCUUUAACUGCUAAGGAAAAGGGGAAAGAGAAGAAUGCGAGAACUGGAAUAGAAUCUGAGUCUAAACGGCAAGCGAAGGAAAAAGAGAGACAGAGGGGCUUGACAAUUCAACUGGGGAGAAUUUAAUGUGGGUUGGUAAUUAUUCCCUGCUCUAUGCGGAAUUGAACAAUUUUAAUUCAAUCCAAUGUAUUGGGUGCUUAAUAGAGAGAGGGAUCAUGUAAUAGGGAAUAGCAGGGCCCCAUGGGCUCAUUGAUAAUGCCGUAUCAUAUGCAACCCUUAGUGCGCAUUGGUCUAUGCCUAUCUGUUGAAACCUCUUGCGAUGAGAGCCUCACCUGCCCAAUAGCACCAAACUUGCGAAAGAAUACGACACGAGAUAUUAUGGUGCCUUAAUAUAUUAAGCUAAAAUGAGUCAUUAUCAAGAUCCAUUCCAUCGUGGAAGCCAGAUCACGCUUCAAAUGCAAUGCUUGUUUUAAGUUUUUACUAAUUUGUUUACUUCUCUUUCUUUAAUUCCCCCCUCUUUUACCUCUCCAACGAAUCAAAUCCAUGAUUGGAUAACAUUGCAUGCAGCAUUUACUUGAUAAGGUUAAAGUGGAUUGUCAAUAGUUGAACUGCUCUUCCUAUUUAUUAACUUGUUACCGUAUUGGCACAGUUCUUUCGCCACCGUAUCCUUCAAAUUAGAAGCACAUUUCCCUAGAAUUCGUUUUCUGUGGAUUACCGGAACUAAACAAAGCAAGCAAGAAGGUUGCACCUCAGUUAUUUCCGUUUGAAAACCUAAACCUAGCAAUCUACUAUACUGCCGUGCCAGUGAAAUGAAUGCACAUUCCUUCAACAAAAAAGAAACAAAAACACAAGACAAACGAGGAGUCAGCAUCUUCAGAUUAUAAAGAAGAUAGAAACCUAUUUGAUAUAUUUUUUAAUCAUUUCCCCACAGUCCAAACCACCAACGGAUAUUUUGACUUGCUCUUUCAUUUUUUUGUAUCUAUUAGAGUACAAGAUAUUAAAUCAAAACCAGCUAGUAAGAGACAUCAACGAGGAAAUGAUACAUCUGAUCAUCGUGUUACACUGAUAUUUAUGUUAUGACAAGACCUAUAUG